CAGAAGCAGCACAGGAGUCACACACAAGUCUACUGCAACUGCGGAUAAAGGGAGACUGUAAGAAAAUGUACCAACCCACUACAAAUGCGGUGACCGUGCAGCCCGGGCCAGCAUCCUACCGGGCCCCUCAGAAGGAUUACUUGAUCUGGUCCAUUGUGAACCUGAUCUGUUGCUGCCUGCCACUUGGGAUCGUGGCUUUGUUAUUCUCCAUCAAGACUCGUGAUGCCUGUCACCAGAAUGACACCGCCCUGGCCAACCGGAACUCUCGUACAGCCUUCAACCUGAACAUUGCUGCUACAGUUAUUGGGGUCAUUAUAAUCAUUAUCUCCGUGGUUCUUUAUUUCCUCGUAUUUACAAAUAUGAAAAAAACCUCCCUGAACUAAAAGGAACUAAAAAAAAAAAAAAUUACCAAAAAAUGUAAAUAAAGGUCUUCUUA